AUGUCCAUGUAUCCUAUGCCUCACCAAAGCCUUCCAAACGCCUACCCACAACCUCCUCCUGCAGAUAAUCAUAUAUAUGUGGAUGACGACGGCGAGGAUGACGACACGCCUGACGGUGGUCAUUACAAGAAUCACUUCCAACCCUCGUACAACCCUACACAUCAACACGUCGUAUCCUAUUAUCGACGCCCGUGCCCCGCCUGCCGCACCACACCCACCACCGGGCUCCCAGCCGCCAUUGGCCUUUUACAAGAAACGAAGCCGAAGAUGGAGAAUCUAUCGCGUUUCUUGAACUCUGUCAAUGCAGAGAACGUGGUGCUCGACGAUGACUUGUAUCGUGCUAUCUUGCAAGGCAUGGAUUCUGCCGCUCUUCUCGAACGUCAGCUCUCGAGGAUGAUUUCGCCGACACACAAGCACUACCGCAGGUCCUGA